UGGCAGCUGCCUGGCCUGUCCCACUUGCAUCGCAAACCUUCAACGUCGGUGGCAGUGUUGCCCUCUGCCACGCGAUCUCACUUCACUGCGCAAUAACUCUCUAGGCACGGCCUUUGCCUGCCUUCCCUCAUGACCUGCCACCAUGAAGUUCCAUAGCGCAACGCUGCUGGCAGUAUGCGCUCUGACCAUCGCCGCACCCUCUCCCCGCCACGAGCCACAACGACUAUCGCGAUGGGCAAGCAUCAAACAACACUUUCUGCAAUCCGUGCUAGGCUUCGAACAAUCCAAGGAUGAGCGCAUUGUGUUGUCAAAGGACGGCUGGGACCGACAGCUGCCAGCACAUACUGUUGCAAGAUAUGGCGGGGAUCUGGUGCUGCGAUUCAACAUCAGCACUUCAGAAGAGUCGGCCAGCCUGGCAGAGGCAGCGGAUACGUUGAUGCUGGAUGUGUGGGAAUUCGCGCAUGACUGGGUCGACAUACGCCUGUCGAAAGACAGCGUACCUCUGUUGCUCGGGUUGCUGCCAGACUCGCUCCAGCACGCGCACAAGCCGUUGAUCGGAGAGAAGGAAUUGUCCGAGGCCAUCAUUGCCAACUAUCAAAAAUCCACACACCGCAACACACCAGCCUUCAAUCAACCUACAGGGCGACCGCUCGGUGCCCUGGAGCGCGCCUCGGAAGCCGAUACCAACAUCUUCUUUGGAGACUUCCAGCCUUUCAAUGUGAUCGAGCCAUGGCUGCGCCUGAUGUCUUCUCUCUUCACAACGCACGUCAGACACAUUAACAUUGGUCUGUCAUACGAGGGCCGCAGCAUCCCAGCUGUACGAGUGGGUGUCCAUCCAACCAACAAUGAUGACCCAAAUCCUCCUCGACGAAAGACAAUCCUCAUCUCCGGAGGCCUACAUGCGCGCGAAUGGAUCAGUACCACGACGGUCAACUACAUCGCAUACUCGCUGAUCACCGGAUAUGGCAAGGACCAUAUGACCACACAGCUGCUGGAGAAUUUCGACUUUGUCUUCAUCCCCACUCUCAACCCAGACGGCUACAUCUACACCUGGGAGACUGAUCGUCUGUGGCGCAAGAACCGCCAGCAAACAGGCAUACGGUUCUGCCAGGGAAUGGACCUCGACCGCUCCUUCGGUUUCGAAUGGUCCGCAACAGACAACCCAUGUAGCGAAUCCUACACUGGUGAAUCCCCCUUCGAAGCCGUCGAAGCCAAACGCCUGGCAGACUGGGCCAAAAACGAGACCAAAAACAACAAUGUUGAUUUCGUCGGCUUUCUGGACCUCCACUCAUACUCACAGGAAGUACUCUACCCCUAUAGCUAUUCCUGCGAUGACGAGCCACCCGGAUUGGAAAACCUCGAAGAACUCGGCAUGGGAUUGGCCAAGGCUAUCCGUGCCACACAUGGUCGUAACUACGAAGUCAUGUCUGCGUGCGAGGGCAAUUCUGUUAUGACUUCGACUAACAAAAAGGUCCACUUGCGGCCUAGCGUAGAGGCCACGGGAGGUUCUGCAUUGGAUUUCUUCUAUCGCACGAUUGGAGUGCGAUAUGCGUACCAGUUGAAAUUGCGCGAUAGGGGUACCUACGGGUUCUUGCUGCCAAAGGAACAUAUUAUUCCCGCGGGCAAGGAAAUUCUCAAUGCUGUGUUAUAUUUCACUUCCUUCUUGAAUGAUGUGUAUUAUGCGUCUUCUGACAGUGGAAGCAAGGCGCCAAGAUUGACGUCGCUGGUGCCCGAAUUUGAGGAGGCGGCGCGAAGCCUGCUGGACCAGUCUGACAUUGCGAGAGAUGAAGAAGAUGAUGAUCCGUGGGUGGUUAUCGAAGACUUGGAAAUUGAAGAAGCAAAGCUUGAUUUGAAGCGGCGACGGAGGAGAUAGUCUUGAGACUGAAGCAGAACUAUGUUUUAAUGAAAUCAAAUUUUUCAUCAUGCAGCAUCUCAAGACAUGCUUGCACGG